AUGCCCCGACCGCGCAACCCAGAUGGCCGGGAGCCAAAGAGUCGAAGCCGGAACGGCUGCUGGUCUUGCAAGGCCAGAAAAGUCAAGUGCACCGAGGAACGUCCAAGUUGUGCCAAAUGUGUCAAGGGCGGCUAUAAAUGCGACUAUGGCAUCCGUCUGAACUGGGAUGGCCGUCGGAGCAAGCGGCCACACCUCAAGGCCGUCCAGCUCGGCGAGGGCGUGAUGCUGGACGGCAUCGAUUUUGCUGAUGAUGGCGGCCAGCCAGAUGACGGCCUCGAGGCCGAGACCUCCUUUCGCCAGCUACCAUUGCCACAGCCCAUUCAAGGCACUGACUCCUCUCCUCCCUCCACCGCCUCUUCGGCCUCUUCCAUGCCCUUGACCGCAAAGGGCUCUGGACAGUCGCUGAGCUUCAUGCCGGUUCACGUGCCCUCCGGACCCGUCGCUCCCUCGUCACGGUCCUCAAAGGCCGUCGCUGCCAGCACGACCAAAGCCGAGCUAUCUUUUCAGAACUUCACGCCCGCAACGGCAUCCUCGCUCCCGACCACCUUUCGCUUCGAGGUGCAGACUUCGGCCGCUCCCGUCCGCAGGGCGUCUGCUUCGAGGGCAAAGCGGACGCCCCGGGUUGCCGACACAGCGCGAGCCUCGCUGUCUUCCGUGGGCGCGGACACCUCUCUGGCUACUGACGAUGUUCGGAGCGUGUCGUCCUCGGUGGGAACGGCCGACAGCCGGCGCCUGACGAUGAAGCGGCCGCGCCUCGACUCGGACGUGAGCGAGAAGGACUUUGCAUGGCAGUGGCCCAUCUCCCCCUCGGCCGGCUCCGGGUCGACGCAGUCUGUAGCCUCGCCCCGUCAGACCGUGUUUCCGUCUAUAACCUCUGCGCGGGCAGCCGGUGAGGUCUCCUCGCCACGACCUAGCGACGACAGCCAGUCUCUGGCAUCGCCCCACACCGCCAACACCCUUCUGCAGCUCCAGGCCGCCAGCGACUUUCGCCGUCUCAGCGUCAGCUCGCUGCUCUCAGGGCCGGUCGACCUCGCCUCCGUCAGCACACCGCCAACUAUGUCGGCAGGCCCGGAUUCGCCACUGGAGGCCGCGGCCGGCCGAGGAGAGCAUCGGUCAAGCGGCAGGCAUAACGGCCGGCACGAAGACAGGCACUUUGUCUAUUAUUACGGCAUCGACUGCGGCAUGCGUGACCUGGACUUGGGCACAAACGACGAUGCGAAUGCCACAUCUGGCGUGGCCAUCGAUGCUGGCAACUACGAGCCUCCACGCGACAGAGGACAGCCGCCGCUCGAAGAGGACUCGGGCCAUGAUCGGGGGGGCUACUACACCAAUCCGGUGGCCGUUCGGAUCCCUCGUGCACUUGGACAGCUGCCUCCCAAACUGACGGAGAAUCCAAUGAACAUGCUGUACUUUCACCAUUUUAUCAACCACACAGCACGGAUUCUCGUCCCCCAUGAUGACCCGCGGUCAAACCCGUUUCGCACUAUCCUCCCUCAGAUGGCUCUCAUGAACGACAACCUUCUCAGCCUGUUGCUGGCUUACUCUGCUGCCCAUCGCGCACACGUCUUGUGCCAGCCGGAGCCGGCUAUGCGGAUAGCCCUGUGGGUGCAGGACAUCUUCCCUGCCCUUCGCAAAGCGCUGGACGACCACAAGAAGAAGAUUUCCAACGCCAACGUGGCGACAGCCAUCAUGCUGGCAUCGCUGGCCAUCCUGUCGCCCACGACAUUUGGCUACAGCAUCCCGUGGCAGACGCACUUGAUGCUCGCUAGACAGAUCAUUGCUGCGCGGCCCGAGGGCCUGCGGGUGGAUCACCACAGCACGCUGGAGGGACAGGUGUGCUCCUUUCUCUGGAGCUGGUUUGCUUAUAUAGACGUCUUGGGCGGCCUGAGCGGCGGACCGACCGACGCCUCGCCCGCCUGGAUCCUAGACUACAAGGUGUACAACCCACAGGACGACGAUGAGAUUGACUGCAUCAUGGGCUUCACGACGCGCUGCGUCUACAUUUUGUCGCAGAUUGCCGAGCUCGUGCGUGCAUGUGAGCCUGAGCGACUUCGGCUGCAGGGUACCGGCUCGGAAGCCUGGACGCCGAGUGAGGACCUCGUGCUCAGGGUCGAGUCUCUCAAGGUGGAUGUGAACGACAGCAGGGUGCAGGUUCCGCGGCCGUGUGCACACCUACACCGGACCGGCGACAUCUUCCGCUGGGACCGGAAGGAGAUGGAGGCGACGAACGAAGCCUACCACUGGGCCGCGCUGGUCCAUCUGGAGCGCCGGGUGUUGGGAAAGCCGUCGGACCAUCCGGACGUGCAGGGGCCUUGUCUUCGCAUAGUGGAGUGCAUUGACCAGGUGCGGUUUGGCGGCACGGCAGAGAACUGCCUGCUGUUCCCGCUGUUUACCGCCGGCUGCGAAUUGACGGAUGUCGAGCUGCAAAAGGGGAUGCUGAAGAGGAUGAUCAGCAUUGAAGGCACCGCUAUGAUGCAGGUGUCUAGUGCGAUGGCACUCAUGAAACGGGCUUGGAGUACGAGGAAACCAUGGGAGACGCUUUUGACCAGCGAGUUUAUCGGAUAG